AUGCCAGAGGUCACCACAUCCUGGUUACUGACAGCAGCCAUACACGAAGAAGAGCCUCGCACUCCGCAGUCGCCGUUCACCGUCGCGGAUAUUCUGCCUCUCCCCUGUUGCAUCGAGCCAUCGACUCUCCGCCUCUCCCUUGCUGCCCUCCCCUUCAAUUUCUCGACGCAUACACCCACCCAGGAGAACUUCUUGUGCUUCUCCCUCGUCGUUGGCGUCUUGUCCUCCGUCGCGCUGGCUGAUUCUCCUUCGCCUUCCUCAUUUUCAGCUGGGUUUUUCCGGGUAACCUUCGUAGCUUUGUACAGGAUUUUUCUUUCUAGAAUGAGUCCUACUCUGCUCGCAAAGAAUGUGGCUUUGGUCAUAAAGUACCAAAAGGAUCCUCUGAAAGCUCUUGAAACUUUCAAUUCUGUGAAGAUAGAAGAUGGGUUUAAGCACACAUUGUCUACCUAUAGGUGCAUGAUUGAGAAGCUAGGUAUCCAUGGUGAAUUCCAGGCAAUGGAGCAAGUGUUCAUGGAGACUAGGAUGAAUGUCGAUAAUAACUUGCUGGAAGGGGUGUAUGUAGGAGCCAUGAGGAACUAUGGGAAGAAAGGGAGAGUUCAGGAAGCAGUUGAUGUGUUUGAGAGGAUGGAUUUCUACAACUGUGAGCCUUCGGUGUUAUCGUAUAACUCCAUCAUGAAUAUAUUGGUUGACUAUGGGCAUCACGAUCAAGUACAUAAAGUCUACUUGAGGAUGAGAGAUAAAGGAAUCUCUCCUGAUGUUUACACUUUUACGAUUAGGAUAAAGUCCUUCUGCAAGACGGGAAGGCCUCAUGCUGCUCUAAGGCUUCUGAACAACAUGUCUUCUCAAGGGUGUGAAGUCAAUGAUGUUGCUUAUUGUACUGUUGUUGGUGGGUUUUAUGAUGGGCAUUAUCUACUUGAUGCAUAUGAAUUGUUCAACCAGAUGCUUGAAUUGGGUAUUUUUCCAGCCAUUGCUACUUUUAAUAAGCUCAUGCAUGUUCUUUGCAAGAAAGGGCAAGUCAAAGAAAGUGAAAAGCUGUUGAGCAAGGUGCUUAAGAAGGGUUUCUGUCCCAACUUGUAUACAGUUAACAUCUUCAUCCAAGGGCUCUGUAGAGAAGGUGCAGUAAAUAGGGCUGUCAGUAUGUUGGAGAGCAUGAACAAGGAAGGUCUAAUUCCCGAUGUUGUCACAUAUAACACUCUAAUUUGUGGUUUGUGUAAAGGAAAUAAAGUUGCACAAGCAGAGAGCUAUCUGCAUAAAAUGGUGAAUGAAGGGUUAGAGCCUGAUGCCUUCACCUACAACUCAAUAAUUCAUGGUUAUUGCAAGAUGGGGAUGAUGCCAAAUGCUGACAAAAUUCUUGGUGAUGCAAUCUUUAAAGGGUUUGUGCCUGAUGAGUUUACUUAUUGCGCCUUGAUCACCGGUUUAUGCCAGGAUAAUCUUGUGGAUCGUGCUGUAUCGGUUUUCAACGAGGCACAGGGGAAGGGCUUAAAGCCUAAGGUUAUUCUGUACAAUACACUAAUUAAAGGGUUGUCCAAGCAAGGACUUCUUCUCCAAGCCUUGGAGUUGAUGGGCGAGAUGUUGGGAAAAGGUUGCAUCCCAGAUACAUGGACUUACAAUCUGCUCAUAGAUGGAUUAUGUAAGAUGGGAUGUGUCUCUGAUGCCACUAACCUUCUGAAUGAUGCUAUUGCAAAUGGGUAUAUGCCAGAUAUUUUUAUAUUCAACACAUUACUUGAUGGAUACUGCAAGCAGCUGAAAAUGGAGAAUGCUCUUGAGCUUCUGAAUAGCAUGUUGAGUCAUGGUGUCUUGCCAGAUGUGAUCACGUACAACACUCUUUUGAAUGGUCUAUGCAAGGUUGCAAAGUCUGAAGAUGUUAUGGAAACAUUCAAGAUGAUGUUGGAGAAAGGAUGUGUUCCUAAUCUGAUCACUUACAGUAUACUCGUAGAGAGCCUGUGCAAAGCUAGGAAAGUAAAUGAGGCUCUGGACUUUCUAGAAGAAAUAGGGAAGAAAGGUCUAGUUCUAGAUACUGUCAGUUUCAGCACUGUCAUUAAUGGAUUAUGCAAUAUAAAGGAUUUGGAUAGAGCAUACGAUCUCUUCAAAAGAAUGAAGCAAGAAUACAACAUUUUGUGGAGAACGUCGACAUUCAAUAUCAUGAUAAAUGGGUUUUCCGAAAAGUUGAAUAUCGAAAUGGCAGAAAAUCUUUUUCAUCAGAUGGGCAAUGAAGAAUGCUGCAGUCCAGAUGAUUACACAUACCGUGUCUUGAUUGAUGGUUUCUGCAAAGUGUGGAGGAUUGACUCUGCAUACAAGUUUCUUAUGGAAAUGAUUGACAAAGGUUUUGUUCCAUCAUUAACGACCUUUGGAAGAGUGAUCAACUGUCUGUGUGUCCAAGAUAAAGUCCCCGAGUCAGUUAGGAUAGUCCAUAUGAUGGUGAGAAAUGGCAUUGUUCCGGAGGUUGUGGAUACAAUUUUUGAGGCUGAUAAAAGGGCAGUUGCAGCACCCAAGAUUGUCGUUGAAGAUUUGUUGAAGAAAGGUUGUAUAACUUACUAUGCCUAUGAACUUCUGUAUGAUGGUGUCAGGGACAAACGGUUACAAAAGAAGAAACAUUCCAGUCACCCUGUACAUCGGCCUGGAAAGGUCUCUCAUCAUGUUGAUAAUAAGAAAUGGGGGACCAAUGAUGUCAGAAAAUGACCUUGGAUUGUUGAGAUACCAGGCCAUCUUAAGCUGCCUGUUGGUGACUUGGUGGCUAUGGCCGGUUUGGUAGUGGUGGUGGUGGUUCGAGUAGCUACGGUUCUGGAGGACGUGGUGGAGGCUAUGGUGGUCGACAAGGAGGCAGCAGCGGUGGUGGACGGUUCCAAUCUCAGCCAGGCGGCUAUGGUGGUUCGAGUCAAGGUCGUAGCAGCGGUGGCUCGUUCAGUGACUUUGGCAAGUCGGACCGAGGUGGUGGCUCGUUCAGCGACUUCAGCUCAGGCCGUUCCAGUGGGUUCGGAGACUCUGGCUCGAAGCGUUCCAGCUCGUUUGGAGGCGGGGGUCGAUUUGGGGGAUUCGGAGACAGCGGGGAUGACAAGGGCUUUGGAGGAGGAAGACGGUAGGCGGAUUUAAUCAUUCAUGGAAGCCGGCGGGGGGCAGCAGAGGUUUCUUUCAUGUGGCUUUUUCGUUCUUCAAUAUCUAUAUUUAGCUUGACUCACUCACUCUGUGUAAUGUAACCAUAACUAUUUUUGGGUCUCUGAUGAAAGAAUAGAUUAAGGGAGUUUUAUGAAUUAAUGUUGCAAUUAAAGCGCUCACAUUUUAUUUGGCAUAAGAUUUGUCCUUUUCCUGGC